AUGAACCUAUACAUUCGGCCAAUGGGCCGCUCCGGAUCCAUAGUCCUCAAGACGCCAUGUCUGAGAAGGAUGGCCGGCCAGAUGGCAGGCUUUCAGUCGACUCCCGCAAAGGCACCAUUCAGGGCACGCUUCUUCUCCACAACCAAAGCCUUCGCCGACGAGCAGAGGCCUGACCCAAACCGCAAACCUUCGGGUUAUCACUACAACCCUACCCAACCACCUCCCGACCCCAGCCCCAAUCCCAACCCUAACCCCAGCUCAAACACCGGCGAAGAACCGCGCCGCCGCCUACCGAUCCUGCUCAUCUACGCAGGCGCCCUCGCAGGCGGCCUCUACGCCGUCAACCUCGUCAAGCUGCUCACCCUGCCCCCCGCGAUCCCCGGCUCCGAGGUUGACGUGGAAUUCUUGGCCGACAUCAAGUCGACAGGCGACGAGCUCCUGGCAGAGAUUCGCCGCAACAACAUCAGCCCGGACGCACAGGACUGGAUUAUCAUCGGGCCGACCGACUUCUCCUUUAAUGACGUGAACACGCCCAUCAUCCUGGCCGGCGCGCUCGCGUCGUCGGCGGGCCUCCCCUACCACCGCCUGCUCCUCAACACCAUGACCGGCGAGAUCUUUGGCGUCAUCUACAUUGGCGACGGCGUGUGCGGGUGGCCGUCGGUCGUGCACGGCGGUGCCAGCGCCAUCAUCCUCCAGUCCAUCAUGGCAGUCGCCGCCGGGUUGGUCAAGCAGCCUGUGGCAGGGCUAAGAGAAAGUGGACGGCGGCUUUUCGACCCGGCGCAGGCGAUUCAUUUCAAUCUCAACUACGCCAAAAAGCUCAAGGCGGCAGGCUUCUACUUUGUCAUGGUCACGCCGCCCCAAGACGACCCGGCCGACCUGAUGGGCUUUCGGGGCACCUUCGUCAACGCUGCUAUCCUCGACGUCAUGCCACACCGGGCCUAUGAGUGGAAUAUCAUGGUUAUUGCAAGGUCUCGAUUCAUAGCCACACCGGAACCCCCCGCACAAGUAACAUCCAACUCAACAACGACCUGA